ACAGCUGCGCCGGGGGACUGCAGCGAGCGAGCUGGUGGCGAUGGCCUUGUCCCUGCCACGCACCUUGGGGGAACUCCAGCUGUAUCGCGUCCUUCAGCGGGCCAAUCUCCUCUCCUACUAUGAGACCUUCAUCCAGCAGGGCGGCGACGACGUGCAGCAGCUGUGUGAGGCCGGGGAGGAGGAGUUCCUAGAGAUCAUGGCGUUGGUUGGCAUGGCAACCAAGCCGCUGCAUGUCCGGCGCCUCCAGAAGGCCUUGCGGGAGUGGGCUACCAAUCCUGGGCUUUUCAACCAGCCAGUGCCCUCCAUACCUGUAAGCAGCAUACCUCUCUUCAAGAUCUCCGAGUCUGGGGGGCGCAAAUCGAUUACCAACGGGCACACCAGUCCGGGAGAGACCCCUGGCAAAACCAGCGGGACCUCCCCUGCCAAGAGUCCCUCAGAGCCAAGAGAGAGGCUUUCCCCCUUGCCAGCCAUUCAGUGGAGCACGGCCGAGUCAGAAGAGGAAGGGGGGGCGUCCUCGCCCGUCGGGCACCCUUUGUCCACGGAACACCUAGACCCAGAACUGGCCCAGGCAGUGUCCGAGAGCGUGGAGCGGCUUUUGCGCAGCUGCGCUCGUGGGGGUGACGCGGAGCUGAGGGCUCUCAUGAAGAUGAACAAGAAGCUGGCCAAAACGGUGGGACAUAUCUUCCGGAUGGACAAUGGCGACCCUCGCAAGGAGGAAGAGAUCCGGCGCCACAGCGCCAUCUAUGGGCGAGGAGAAGCCCGGCGAUGUGAGAGCAAGCAGCUCACGCUGCACGAGCUGACCAUCAACGAGGCUGCGGCCCAGUUCUGCCUGAGGGACCAUUCCCUGCUGCUGCGUCGAGUGGAGCUCUUUUCGCUGUCUCGCCAGGUGGCUCGAGAGAGCAGCUACCUAACCUCGCUGAAGGGAUCCAGACUCCAUCCGGAUGAAGGCGGUGCCGGGCAAGCCAAAAGACUCAAGCAAGAGGUUGCAGAGCACAGCCGCCCGGAUCUUCCCUUGGUCUGUGAACCGUUCCUUCCACAGUACCGUUCCAGUGUAGAGGAAGACACCGCCAGCUUGUCAGGGGAAAGCGUCGACGGACACCCACAAGCCACAGGCUCCUGUCCUCGGCUUACACCGCCGCCCAGUGCUGUGUCUGAAGCAAUGCUGAGCCUCCCACCCCACGGGCUAUGGAGCCGUCAUAUCUUGCAGCAGACACUGAUGGAUGAAGGUCUGCGAUUGGCUCGGCUGGUCUCUCACGAGCGGGCGGGACAGCUCAGCCCGUGCCUGCCAGGCAAGCCUCAGGGGCCAGGUAAGUAACCAUUAUUCCCUCCUGGGUUUCCAGAUGUUGGUGGGCAGCACGGGUCGGGAGCAGCAAAGGGUGAGAGACUCAUGGUUCAGCUGGAUAAAACGAAGAGUGGCCUUUCUUCUGAACGGCCUUCAUUGUUCAAUAAAGGGAAAAACUACC